AUGCAACAAAACAAGCUCACCGCGGUCAAACGGGUUAUAAAACCGUAUCAGAUUCCUGAUCUGGAAGACCAAGUUGCAGAAAGAAUCAAAAACAUCAUCCCUGUAGUUUCUCCUUGCUAUGAUUCAUUCCCUGAAACAGAUGCGGAUGCGUUUGCUUGGCUUUUCGCGAUUGAUGGCCUGCUUUUGCUUGAUCAACUUCGCGUGUAUUUAGAUAAAGGUUUUGCGAUUGAUGAAAAGGAUCUGAUCAUGUUGGAAAACCAGAUUCCUAUGAUCGUGCUGAAGGAAAUUGAAAAGGCCCUUUCUGCUAAUGGUGAACAUGUUGAAGAAUUGUGGGAAUCUAAGUUUCGGUAUUUCGCAGAGGCAAACUCUCCGUUUCUUCUAUCGAAAGAGACGAUGGAGUUCGAUCGUGUUAACCAUCUUCUUGAUUAUAUGUACAAAUCCAUCGUCAACAAUGAGGUUUCGAGAGAUGUCGCUUUCUCAAAACCUGGAAGUAUUCCAGUUGAGAAGUCGGCCGCUGAAGAGUUACUAGAAGCUGUAAUCAAAGCGGCCGGAUUGAUCCCGGGCGUUAAACCUUUUCUCGGAAUCAUCGAAUCUAUCAUAAAGAUUCUAUACGAAACCGAUAAAGAAAAAAUGAUUCAAGAAAUCAGGGUGCCUUCGGUUUCAGAACUCGGCGAUGUAGCCGGAGUGAAGUUCGCUUUGUCAACAUGCGAAGAAGGGAUCAGAAACAUAAGCUUUGCUAAUGGAACAUGUUGUCUCCCUGUCAUUACUCUGAAUUAUGAUUCGGAGGUCAUACUAAGAAACUUGAUGGCCUACGAGAAACUAAUGGCGAAAAACAGUUUAAUGGGCGGGUUUGGUCUCGAACUCACGGAGUACGUAGAUUUCAUGUGCGGGAUUAUUGACACCGCUAACGACGUGAAGGUGCUACGGGAAUACAAGGCGAUUUGCGAGAUGAGGAGAUCGUGA